AGCCCCUGUGGCAGGUCAUGUGAGAUACUUACCAAACCGAAGUCUAUUCAAAUAGUCUAUUCUUGUGUAUACCAUCAACAACAUCGUCUAGGAUCUCACAAAUGCCUCCCAAAUCCCUUAUCGAUCUCUCGCAUCCUCUCACGCCCCAAACGACUAUCUACCCCGGAGAUCCACCCUUCGCGAUGCACAGCGUGUGCAGCAUCCCAACCGAUGGAUACACCGUACACGCUGUCUCGCUCGGAACGCACACAGGGACACACGUCGAUGCCCCGUUUCACUUUUUCGCGCAAGGCCAGAAGUUGCAUGAGCUCUCUCUUGAACGAUUCGUCGGGCGUGCUGUGAUCGUCGAUGUGAGGCACCUAGCGCGUGCGAGAGGGCGCAUUGAGUGGAGGGACGUGCGAGAGUGCCUUGAUUGGACUCGCGGCACGAUUGCUUCCCUUGGGCCGCGGUCAGAAGAGAAGAUCGAUAUGGUACUGUUCUGGACGGGGUGGGAUGGAUGGUGGAGCGAGCAGAAGUACUUUGACCAUCCGUAUUUUGGGAGAGAUGUCGCAGAGGAGCUUGUGGAGAUGGGUGUGCGGCUUGUGGGUGUUGAUACGCUAAGCCCUGAUGAGACUGUUCUGGUGCAGGAUGGAGGGAAGGAGGAUGCUUUUGCGAUGCAUGAGGUGCUUUUGGGUCGUGGAUGUUUGAUUUGCGAGAAUUUGACGAAUUUGGGGGAGCUUGUGGGUAGGAAUUCUGAAGAAGGGGAGGUAUGGGUGAGUCUUGCGCCUCUGAGUUUACACGGAGCAGAUGGGGCUCCUGUACGGGCGUUCGGGUGGACGGAGAAAACUAGAUAGACGGUGUAUAUUCUUGUUCAGAUAUGUGGAUCUGGUGACCAACCGCGCGCCUCCGAUUACCCCAUCUAAUGUUCUAAUUUUGUUUUGCAACAUGAUGAAGACAUAAAAUCACACGGAACGCAG